GUUUAUUUUAUUCGUGUCAUUAACUUUGACAGCAGUAGACGUCUCAAAAAAGUGUUAAAAAGUUUUGAAUUUUUUAUAAUUGAGAAAACUUGGACAUUAAACUGAAAUGGCUGAUAUUGAGAAACUAUUAAAGCAAGCAGCAAUGCAAAUUGGUGCGGGAGGAAGUGCAGGAUUUAUAGAAGUGUGUAUAAUGCAUCCAUUAGACCUUGUGAAGACCCGGCUACAACUCCAGGCAACAAAAACUUCGUCCAAACAUUCCGAUCCUCAUUAUUACACUGGAAUCGUGGAUUGUAUGAAGAAAAUGUACAAAUACGAAGGUGUGACAUCAUUCUGGAAAGGAAUUCUGCCUCCCAUCCUCGCUGAGACACCAAAACGCGCUGUGAAAUUCUUGACCUUCGAACAAUAUAAAAGGUUUUUUAUGUUUGGCUCCAGUACACCAACUCCUUUAACGUUUGCUCUAGCUGGCCUGGGAGCAGGAAUCACUGAAGCCAUUUUGGUAAACCCUUUUGAGGUGGUCAAGGUUACUUUACAGUCUAACAGAGCCUUAGCCACCGAAAUACCAAGCACUUGGUCUGUUACGAGACAAAUAGUCCGAGAAAAUGGUCUCGGAUUCAGAGGGCUAAACAAGGGACUUACGGCUACAAUCGCAAGAAAUGGAGUUUUCAACAUGGUGUACUUCGGAUUUUAUCAUAGCGUCAAAGGAUACAUUCCAGAAAAUCAAGAUCCACUUCUAGAGUUUGGCCGAAAGGUAGCAAUUGGUUUCACAUCAGGAGUUCUUGGUUCCUGUGUAAACAUACCAUUUGAUGUGGCAAAAAGUCGUAUACAAGGACCACAGCCAACUCCGGGUGUCGUUAAAUAUUCUUCCACGACGGGGGCAAUCAUUUUAGUUUACAGAGAAGAAGGUUUUCGUGCUCUUUACAAAGGUCUGUUGCCAAAAGUUCUCCGGCUGGGCCCUGGUGGAGCUAUUAUGUUAGUUGUAUACGAUUAUGUAUACCACUUUUUAGAAAAUAAGUUUCAGAUUAAAUAAAUAAGUAAUAUUAGUCAGUGCACAAUCAAUGACUGAUUAAAGAAUUUACAACGUAGUUCUAUUUUUUAAAAAUCGUUAUUUUUUUGUUUGACAUUUAUUAUGCAUUUUUAAUGUAGAAUUAAAACUAUUAUGAGGACAUCUCAUGUACUUCACUUACCUAACUUUUAAGUGAAACAAAUUCACAAUUUAAAAAAAUAAUGUUGAAUGGAAAAAAUAUUCUAUUGAUUAGAGUUAUUAACACUUGUUUUUAGAAUAAGUACCUACCUACUUCAAUUUUAAUUUCAUACGCUGAUCUAGUGAUCUUGAGGAAGUAUUUUUUAUCAACCUUUUACAAGCAAUACAAUAUUAUUGAAACGGAUUUAAAGUCCUCAAUAUCUCUGUGAUAAUUAUAAAAUAGUAGUAUAGAAUAUUAUGCCAAAUAAAAAAUUGUGUUAAUUGACCAAAUUGUAAAGUAUAGAAAUGUUAUACGAAAAUAUAUUUUUGAACCUAUACUCG